UAGUGAUGUAGUGAAAUUACCAUUAUACCCUUAAAAAAAUUAAGGGUCAUGGUCUAUUUUUUUGCUCUUUUCUUCUUCCCGUUGAUGCGUCUCAGAUCGCGAGAGUGAGAGCGAGUCCAGAGCUUCGACCUUCCUACCUUCGCAUUGCCGUCCCUCCACCAUAACUGGUCACUGUAUAGUUGCUGGUUCUACUUCCCUUUCCUGUUCCGUCGCUGCUAUUCUGAUCCUAUUGUUGAAGCAGCCUCUCUGUCUCUCGACUUCCAUGAACUUCAUGACAAUCCCACCAUGGAAGUACCAUGUCUUCUUGAGCUUCAGGGGAGAAGACACCCGAAAGGGCUUCACAGACCACUUACACGCUGCUCUCAAACAAAAAGGUAUCAUAACUUUCAAAGAUGAUAAGCUCGAGAGAGGAGAGGUUAUUUCUCACCAGCUCUUUCAAGCAAUUGAUGAAUCUCUCAUCUCUCUUGUUAUUCUUUCUGAAACUUAUGCUUCUUCGAGUUGGUGUUUGGAUGAACUUCUAAGAAUUCUUGAAUCUAAAAAAUCCUUGGGUAGAGAAGUUAUCCCAGUCUUCUAUAAGAUUGAUCCAUCUGAUGUUCGUCGUCAGAGAGGUACCUUUGCUUGUGCCUUUCAAAAACAUAGUCAGAGAUUUGCUGAAAACAAAGAGAAGGUGCAAAGAUGGAGAGAGGCCUUGGAAGAAGUUGCAAAUAUAUCUGGCUACAACUCUACAGAUCAGCAUGAAGCAAAACUCAUUGAAGAAAUUAUUGCAGAAGUAUGGGCAAAGGUACAGCCCAAGUUACCAUGUUAUUUCAACAAUGAGCUCGUUGGCAUAGAGUCAAGAGUAGAAGAAGUGAGUGCACUUUUAAAGAUUGGAUUGUGUGAUGUUUGCUUCAUAGGAAUAUGGGGCAUGACAGGUAUUGGAAAGACAACUCUUGCAAGAAUUAUCUAUGAGAGAAUAUCUCACCAAUUUGACGUUAGUUGUUUUCUUGCUAAUGUAAAGGAAAACUCUGAUGCCAAGGGUUUAGUUCCCUUGCAAAGAAAACUUCUUUCCCAAUUCAAGAUAAAAGACAUGUAUAUUGACGAUGCAUACGAUGGAAAGAAGAUGAUGAGGAAUUUGUUAUGCAGCAAAAAAGUUCUUGUUGUCUUGGAUGAUGUAAGUGAAAUAAGCCAACUAGAGAACCUUUCUAUGAAGAAAGCUUGGCUGGGCCCUGGGAGUAGAGUAAUUGUAACAACUAAAGAUAUGCAUGUAUUGAUAGGGCAUGGAGAAUUUGAAAUUUAUAAGGCCACAUUCUUAAACAAUGAUGAAUCUCUUCAACUAUUAUGCAAGAGGGCUUUUAAAAGGGAUGAACCUUUGGAAGGUUACUUGAAGUUGUGUAAGAGCAUCAUCCACCAUGCUCAAGGCCUUCCUUUAACUCUUGAAGUGUUGGGUUCUUAUCUUUGUGGAAGAACUGAACCUGAAUGGAAAGAAUCUUUGGAGAAAAUUAAAAGGUUUCCGCCAAGCAAUAUUCAAAUGAGGGUUAGAAUUAGUUACGAUGCAUUAAGUGAUAUGGACAAGAAAACAUUUUUAGAUCUUGCAUGUUUUUUUAAGGGAAUGAACAAAGAUCAAGUGACAAAAAUAUUUGAAGUGUGUGGUUUUUUUCCGGUUCUUGGAAUAAGAGAACUUGUUGAGAAAUGCUUGAUAACUGAAUAUCAUUAUGACCACGGCACGUGUUUGGGUAUGCAUGAUGUCCUUCAAGAAAUGGGCAGAAGUAUUGUUUUUGAGGAAUCCCCAGGGGAUGCUGGCAAAAGAAGUAGGAUAUGGUCACGAGAAGAUAUAGAUCAUGUAUUGACUAAUAACAAAGGAUCUAAUUUGAUAGAAGUUAUACAUCUUCAGUCAUCUAUACCAUAUGAAGCAAAUUGGGAUUCUGAAGCAUUUUCUAGUAUGUGUAGUCUCAGAAUACUCAUCAUCUCAUGUAAUGUGUACCUUCCUCAUGGUCUCACAUGUCUUCCUAGUUCAUUGAAAAUUCUUGAAUGGGAAGCAUAUCCUUUGCAAUCUCUUCCACACGGAGUUCAUCUGUAUCGACUUGUUCUCCUAAAAAUGCAUCACAGCAAGAUCAUACACCUUUGGGAGAGAACACAAGUAUGGUUUUUUUUAUGCCUAACCAAAUAUAGCUCAAUAUUGUUACACAAUCUUUUAAAGCUAAUCCCCUUACACUUGUAUUGUUUUGAGCAGAUGUUAGAAAACUUAAAGUGCAUUGAUUUGAGAUACUCUGAAGAUUUCAUAAGAACUCCUGAUUUUUCUAUGAUUCCCAAUCUUGAGCAACUGGUUCUUGAAGGUUGUGUAAAAUUGGUUGAAGUUCACCCAUCACUUGGAGAGCAUAAGAAACUUGUUGUAUUGGACCUGAAAGACUGCAAGAAUCUUAAAGCUCUUCCUAGUAAAAUGGAAAUGGAUUCAUUAGAGAAAUUGAUCCUUUCUGGAUGCUUAAAAGUUAAAAAGCUUCCAGAGUUUGGGAAAAGUAUGAAUAGUUUAUUGGUUCUUGAUGUGAAAAAUUGCCAAAACCUUGUUUGUCUUCCAAAUUCCACUUGUAAUCUGAAAUCCCUAAGAAUUCUUAAUAUUUUAGGUUGCUCAAAGUUUUCCUCUUUGCCUCAUAAUAUUGAUGGAAAUAAGUGUUUAGAGGAGCUUAAUUUGAGUGGAACUGCUAUACGAGAAAUACCUUCAUCCAUCAUUGGCCUACAAAAUUUGAAGUCACUAUAUUUGAAAGGAUGUAAUGGUCUAAGUUCAACAUCCUAUUCAUUAGGAAACUUGCUUUCCCGAAUUCCAAGAGUAUUUGGGUUCGUUAUUCAUGAAGCUCCGACUAGAUUGGUGUUUCCUCUUUCAAUCUUAGGUCUAGCAUCAUUGAAGGAAUUGGAUAUAAGUGAUUGCAAUCUCAAAAAAAUUCCAAAUGCUCUUAGUUGCUUACCUUCAUUGGAGAUCCUUGAUUUGAGCAAAAAUGAUUUCGGCAACUUGCCUGAUGGCAGUUGCAUUCUUCCUUCUUCAUUCUCACAUCUUUCAUCAUUGAAGUCUUUGACAUUAGAUAAUUGCAAUCUCCGUGAUGGGUCAAUUCCUGAAAAUCUUAGCUUCUUAUCAUCGUUGCAGAGUCUUAGUGUAAAUCAAAACAAAUUUACCCAUCUUCCUGCUCAAUGUGUUGCUAAUCUAUCACUUCUGUCUCUUCUUCGUUUGAGCUAUUGCCCAAAUCUCAAAUAUUUACCAGAUCUUCCGCCUAACCUAAAGCAGAUAGAUACAAUUGCUUGUCAUUCAAUGCAACCUUUAUCUUUCUCAGAGUUUGUAUCCAUUUUGAUCAAAUCUGGUCUUGAUUUUUCAAAAUCCUUUCCUUCUAGGAUUUCAAAUAAAAUGGUUUACAAAUCCUGGUGGACGUUGGAAAGUGAUAUCCCAUCAUGGUUCCAUAAUCAAAAUAUCCAAUUUCAUGAUAAAGUUGAUGCCUUUCAAGAUAAUCAUGUUCAAAUUUCUGAGAUAAAAAUCUCUUGUCAAGAUUUUUGUCCAUGUCAUCGCAUUUUGAUUGAUGGUUUUGAACCAUCAGAUUCCAUUGUGUCAGUAAAAGUAGACAUCUCUCAUGUUUGUGGCUCGGGUGUAUGGUGGGGAAUUUCUCUCUGCAUUGUUCUACAAGAUCAGGACCUUCCAGUGUCUGGUGAAGAUGUGUUCCAUCGAAAGCUAUUGUUAGCUUAUAAAUCUUCACAUGAUGAUUUCUUCAAACAUAGGGAUUCUUGGAUGGUUGGGAUGGGAAACAAUCCACAUCAAAUGUUAAUGACUUAUUUUCCUAGCAGUAAUUUCAUAGUUGAUUGUGACCAGAUUGAAUUCAUAUUUUAUACGCAAAAAUAUAAGCACAGAGGCAGGGAAUCACAAUGGGAAGGGAAAGUUGAUUUGCAAAAUCUGAGCAAGUUUGUGAUAAGCAAGUGCGGGUGGCGUGUGAUAAGCGAAGAAGAUGUUGAAGAAUGUCAUAGAUCAAUGAAUGAAUGCGAUACAAGUGGUAAUAACAAUGAAAUCCCUUCUCAACACUCACUUUAUGCUUACGGAAAGAGAUCCCACCAAGUUGAAGAAGUGGCAGAAGAGGACAACACUGUGGUUAGUGAUGAAGCAGAAACAUCUUCUGCUAAACGAAGAAAACUCUAAUUUCUUUUCACAAGGUUCGAAGUUGAAGAAUUCUAAAGCUGUAUCAUGCAAGCAUUGGAGGAGAUUGUCUUUAGUAAAAGAAGUUGUAGAAAAUAUGAGAUCAAUUGGGCGUGUCAUGUCUGCUUUGCAUUUGUAUUGGGCCAUAUGUAUCCAGGCCUGUUGUAUUUAUUUAAUUAUUUUUCGUAUUGUGUUGUA